CUCGCGCUGCUGGGGAAGUAAGGAGCCACCAAAUCCAAACAGAGGCAACUUUUAAAUCAAGCGGAGACCUCAGCCUGACGUCCACAUCGACAUGAAACAGGCUCGAUAAGUAUAUUAAUGUCACACACUUUGCGCGGCGUCGUGACUUUGUUUUUACUCGGUCCAAAAAAAAGUGCUAUCCUUUUAUGGGCUCGCAACUCUUAACGAACAUGAACUCAGCGGACAGGUGCGUUGACAGGCUAAUUAAUAGCUAGGUUUUGUUUUGACGUCUUUAAUUUGGCUCGUCUUUGCUCCGAAAUUGGCGGUGUUUGUUGAGAAAAUGGAGAAACCUUAUUUGGCGCGUGAAAGCGGCGAAAGUGAGUCGUCGUCCGGUUCUACCACCUUGUCCGAGGGGGAAGAAGACAUGACACCCGGGGCUUUAUUGGACAUCAAAGUUUCUGCAGAUGGAGAUGAUGGACGCAACUCGGACUUUCAAAGUGUCAACGAAGAUGAGGACGACAAGAGGACACCAAGGGAUGAAGGGAGUGAGGAAGAAGGAGACGAAGACGAAAAGUUGGACAACAUCCUCUACCCUCCCUCCACAUACCUAAGGAAGUCCAGUAACCCAGAGUUGACUCAUGGAUUAAGUCCUGCUCUCAAAUUUAAGCGACAGCUCAGUGAGGAUGGGAAACACCUUCGGAGACGGAGCCUCGGAGGUGGUCUCACAGGGAAGUACCUCCUGCUGCCCACCAAUGCUCAGCAGACACAGACAGCAUGGCAGCCAUCAUCCGAGAUCUCUAACCUCGUCCGUAUGUGCUCUCUGAACCUCGGAAAGUCGGACCCCUCCCUCACCACCAGCCUGAAAGAGCUGAGUCUUCCCAGAAGAGGCAGUUUCUGCAGAACGAGCAACAGAAAAAGCCUGAUAGGGAGCGGUCAGUCUUCAGGUUUACCGCGACCUCACUCCCCUCUCUCAACCUUGACAGGAACAAGCCCUCAAGACAGUCCAAGAAAUUUCUCUCCCAGUGCCUCUGCUCAUUUCUCCUUUGCACGAAGUCAUUGCCACAGAGCAGACAGGACCGAUGGUCGCCGCUGGUCGUUGGCCUCCUUGCCCUCCUCUGGAUAUGGAACCAACACACCCAGCUCUACUGUUUCUUCAUCCUGUUCAUCACAGGAGAAGCUGCACCAGCUGCCCUUCCAGCCUACGCCUGAUGAACUGCACUUCCUCUCCAAGCACUUCUGCACUGAGAGCAUCUCCGGGGACGAAUGCCGCAGAGCGACGGCCAUGCGACCCCGCUCACGCAGUCUCAGCCCUGGACGUUCUCCAUCGUGUUACGACCAUGAGAUUAUCAUGAUGAAUCACGUCUACAAGGAGCGGUUUCCACGGGCCACGGCUCAGAUGGAGGAGAGGAUUCAGGACAUCAUCCGCAGCAACUCUCCGGAGAGCGUCCUCCCUCUGGCAGAUGGCGUGCUCGGCUUUGCCCACCACCAGAUAAUUGAACUGGCCCGUGACUGUCUGGAGAAGAGCCGGCUAGGACUCAUCACCUCCAGCUACUUCUGCGAGCUCACUGACAAGCUGGAGAGGCUGGUCCAAGAGUCCACAGAGAGGUCAGAGAGCGAGGAGGUAAACUUCAUCAGAGAGCUGGUUAAGAAGAUUCUCAUCAUCAUCGCCCGACCUGCUCGACUGCUAGAAUGUUUGGAGUUUGACCCCGAGGAAUUUUAUCACCUUUUGGAGGCCGCUGAAGGACACGCUAAAGAGGGCCAGGGCAUCAAAACAGACAUUCCCCGUUACAUCAUCAGCCAGCUGGGACUCACAAGAGAUCCUCUGGAAGAAAUCGCUCAGUUGACCAGCUGUGACAGUGGGAUUGCAGAAACACCAGAAACAGACGACUCUAGUCAGAGCCUCAGCACAGCUUUGCGGUGCAGGCGUAAACCUUGUGAACUGGACUUUGAGAUGACAAAACUCAUCAGCAACGGCGCCUACGGAGCUGUUUAUCUGGUUCGGCACAAGGAGACGAAGCAGCGAUUUGCCAUGAAAAAGAUCAACAAGCAAAACCUGAUGUUGAGGAAUCAGAUACAACAGGCCUUUGUAGAGAGAGACAUCCUUACCUUUGCUGAGAACCCUUUUGUGGUGUCCAUGUACUGCUCCUUUGAGACGCGGCGACACCUGUGCAUGGUCAUGGAGUAUGUUGAAGGUGGAGACUGUGCCACCCUUUUGAAGAACAUGGGCCCACUGCCUGUGGAUAUGGCCAGGAUGUACUUUGCAGAGACAGUGCUGGCUCUCGAGUAUCUCCACAACUACGGCAUUGUCCACAGGGAUCUCAAACCAGACAAUUUGUUGGUUACAUCAAUGGGACACAUAAAGCUGACAGAUUUUGGGUUGUCCAAAGUCGGGCUGAUGAACAUGACCACUAACCUGUACGAGGGACAUAUAGAGAAAGAUGCAAGGGAGUUCUCUGAUAAGCAGGUUUGUGGAACCCCAGAGUACAUUGCACCAGAGGUGAUCCUGAGACAAGGCUACGGGAAGCCGGUGGACUGGUGGGCGAUGGGUAUUAUCCUCUAUGAGUUCCUUGUGGGCUGCGUGCCAUUUUUUGGAGACACACCAGAGGAGCUGUUUGGACAGGUCAUCAGCGAUGAGAUCAACUGGCCCGAGGGAGAGGAAGCCCCACCUCCCGACUCUCAGGAGCUCAUCACCUUGCUCCUUCGACAGAACCCUCUGGAAAGAAUGGGCACAGGUGGAGCUGCGGAAGUGAAGCAGCAUCAGUUUUUCCACAACUUGGACUGGAACAGUCUGCUGAGGCAGAAGGCUGAGUUCAUUCCUCAGCUAGAGUCUGAAGAUGACACCAGCUACUUUGACACUCGCUCUGAGAGAUACCAUCACCUGGAGACGGAGGAAGACGACACAAACGAUGAAGACUUCAACGUGGAGCUGCGGCAGUUCUCCUCUUGCUCGCACAGAUUCUCCAAGGUUUACAGCAGCCUGGAUUUGUCCCGUGGGCACCUGGAGGAGAAGGGAGAAACGGAGGGGAAGAAGAGCGAGAGCCCUCUGACUGUCGACUCUCUCAGCUGGACGCCAGACUUUGCUGAAAUGCCGUCACUGUCCCACUCAACUGACACGGACAGUGUGAAUCAGGGCCCUCGCCCCAACUUGUUACCAAAGUUUGCCAUCUCAGCAGAGAGUGAGGGAGAUGAGACCUCAGGCCUCGGUGACCCCAGCAAGACCUCUUUCUCUGUGGCAGAGCUCCCACAGGACGAGCCUGACGCCACCACUCCAGGGAGCACCCACAGUGGAGCCACGCUCUCUGGAAGUUUCUCAGAACAUCUGGACCAGUUGACACCCAGAGGUGAAGGUGUGGAGAGCCCCGACAGCACCAGUCAUACCCCCGCAGACCAAGGGGCUCAGAACAACUCCCUGCGGCCUGAGAGCGCUGCAGAGAAGACCGGAGCUGUGGCAAAAGUCCCAAAGUCUGUCUCAACCGGUGCCCUGUCCCUCAUGAUCCCUGGGGAUGUCUUCGGGGUGUCUCCGCUGGCCAGCCCGCUGUCUCCUUACUCCCUCUCUUCAGACCCUUCCUCGAGAGACUCCUCUCCGAGCAGAGACUCCUCUCUUUGCACCACUAACCCACGACAGCCCAUUGUCAUCCACAGCUCGGGGAAGAAGUUUGGCUUCACACUUAGGGCAAUCCGGGUGUACGCCUGUGACGGGGACAUCUACACUGUCUACCAUAUGGUCUGGAAUGUAGAAGAAGGUGGGCCGGCACAUAAAGCAGGACUCAAAGCCGGAGACCUCAUCACGCAUGUGAACGGAGAGCCAGUUCACGGUCUGGUCCACACUGAGGUGGUGGAGCUCCUCCUCAAGAGUGGGAGUAAAGUGGCCAUCUCCACAACCCCGUUUGAAAACACUUCCAUAAAAACCGGUCCAGCCAGGAGGAACAGCUACAGGAGCAAGAUGGUGAGAUGUGCCAAAAAGCCCAAGAAGGAGAAGACUCCAGAGAGGCGGCGCUCCCUUUUCAGACGUUUUGCCAUGCAGCCUUCUCCUCUCCUGCACACAAGCCGCAGUUUCUCCUCUCUCAACCACUCUCUGUCAUCUGGUGAGAGUCUCCCUGGCUCCCCCACCCACAGUCUGUCCCCUCGUUCCCCUACUGCCGCCCUCCGCCCCACACCAGACUUCACCCAGUCAGGUGGGAACUCCUCUCAGAGCAGCUCUCCCAGCUCCAGCGCUCCAAACUCUCCCGCAGGCUCUGGCCACAUCCGUCCCAGCACCCUCCACGGCCUCGGCCCCAAACUGCCCGGUCAGAGGCUGCGUCAGGGGCGCCGCAAGUCUGCCGGCAGCAUCCCCCUCUCUCCUUUGGCUCGCACACCUUCACCUACACCCCAGCCAACAUCUCCUCAGCGCUCACCUUCUCCUCUUCUAACCGGUCACCCUGUCGCCAUUUCCAAGACGACCCAGGCCUUCCCUGCCAAGAUACAUUCCCCACCCACAAUUGUACGGCAUAUUGUGCGACCGAAAAGUGCUGAACCACCUCGCUCCCCACUUUUAAAACGUGUCCAGUCUGAGGAGAAGCUGUCCCCCUCUUACACAGGAGAUAAGAAGCACCUGUGUCCCAGAAAACACAGCCUCGAGGUGACGCAGGAGGAGGUGCAGGAUGAGGAGCUGAGGCCUGGGGAACGCGAUUACACCGUCUUGCAAAGUGUGGAAGAAACGGCGUGCGAGCCCUUGGCAAUCACUCGAGUUCGACCCGUCGAGCAGGGCUGCCUAAAGAGGCCCAUCACCCGCAAGAUGGGCCGGCAGGAGUCCGUGGAGGAGCUCGACAAGGAGAAACUCAAGUCCAAGAUGGUUGCAAAAAGACAGGACUGGUCAGAGAGGAGAGAGUCUCUGCAGAAGCAAGACGCUCUGCGGGAAUGUGACUCAUCGCCCUUGUGUGGCGAUGACAGGGAGGAAAGUUUUCUGGUCCGAGGCCAAAACAAACAACAGAGCAGCUCAGACUCUGGCCCUCUGGAGGCCAAAGCUGCCAGCACAACACUUAAAGACGUGCUCUAUAAAAAACUCAACACACGUGUGUCUGAGGGCCUUGCUGAAACACCUGGCAGCUGCGGGGAAACUGACGGAGGACUCAGGUCAAGUCUGUGCUCGAUUCACCCCGAGUGGCCGCACUCCAGGCAGAGUAAAGACAACGCGAAGCCGGACAGGUUGGACUUUAAAGCUCCCAGCAUCGAGUUCACCAGGAAGAGGCUGUCGUUUGAAGAACGAGAAGACUGCAUGUGCCGCUUGUCCUCUGGCAUCCAUGAAAACCUGCACUUUGGAUCCACUAGAUCAAAGAGCCUCCAGUUGGACACGGCCGUGUCCCACGACCACAUGAAGGCCGGACUUGGAAGUGUCCACUCCAGCCCUGAGGGUCUGUCCCCAAAGCUUUUCUCCGGCAGAGGAGAGAGCGCCGUGGAAAAACUCCAGCUCAUCUCCUCUGCAGAGUCUCCUCUUCGAAAGACGUCAUCCGAAUAUAAACUCGAAGGACGCCAUGUCUCCUCACUCAAACCUCUGGAGGGCACUCUGGAUAUCGGCCUGCUCUCAGGGCCCAGAGUCUCCAAAACAGAAACUUGUUUAUCCAAAAUGGCGGAGAACACAAGCGACACUGUUUCUCUGAGUCCUCCGAUUUGGCUCCAGACUCCUGCUGAGAGACAAAUAACCAUCCCUCAACUGAAAACUGACAAGCUGAAGAGCCCCCUGACCUGCUCCCCGAGCCCUGAAGCUGUUGCCUCUUUAAACAACAUAGUUGCAUCCAAAGAUCAGUCAAACAAUGCAGCCACAGAUGUGAAAAUCAGCACAACUGGCGAGAAAACACAGGAGAGACACCACAGUGAAUCAUUAAAGGCUCAGAAAGUGGAGGCCUCAAUCUUUCCUGUUAAACCAGAAAGCAGGACGGGUUUGAAGUCCAGUUCAUCACUGGCUCACGAACACAGAGCCCCUCGACACAGCUCGCACUUCUCCUCCUGUGGAAAAACACCCUCCAUACGGGAAGUGAGCAAUGAAGAUCAGGAGGACGAAGCGGAGCAGCAGGAAGUCACGCCACACACUACAUCACAGAGCACCGACAACUCCAGCACAGUGGUCUCUUUGACUGCAGCAAAGCUGAAGGUAGACAUUAAAACUGCGGCUGCAGCUGCCAGCGGGCCAUUACCUGUGUCGCUGAAGCGGAGUGUAAAUUGCGGUUUGGAUACAGGUCAGCGUCAGAGCGGGGAGAAAAAAGCAGCACAGAACUCAAACAUGACCUCUGUUUCUGAGGUGAAUGUACAGAACAGCUCUGCACGGCUGCCAGAGAAUGUGCUCUCAAAACAGCACAACAUCUGCUCUUCAAAUACAGAAGCGCAGGUUUCUGUCACAGCAUCUGGUCCCGUGCACCAGGAGAAAAGCUGCAGUGUGAAAUCAGAUGGUCAGGACAGCUCACAAAGAGCUCUUAGUAAGGACGGCGAACAGUCUAACAGAAUAGCUGUGAAAUUGGUCGGUGAUACAGGCAAGAAAGUUAAUGUUAGUGUCGCAAAAGUGGAGCAGAAGAGAGACAUGUCUACAGUGGUCACCUCUUUAAAUAAUGUUACACUGGGCUUAAACAAAAAGGAAAACACUGUCGGUGCAAUAGAGAGUGGUAGCACGUUGCUACAGAAUAAAGAAGCCACCUUUUCACCAAAGACUAAAGAUUCAGAGCAGCUCUCCAAACACUGUCCAGCUGAAAAAGCACAACACAAAUCAGAAUACGGCACCUCUAAAAAAGAAGAAAGUCUUCUCAGUGUGAACGCCGCAAAACAGAAAUGUUCAGCUUCAGCAGCUGCAAAUGAAACUGUUUCGAUUCCCAAUAGUAAGUCGAGGCCUGACACGCAGCCUGUACCGCACACUGCUACAAAGACAGAGACAAAAAGUCCUCCCGUCCCAGCAGUCAAAAGCAGUCCAAAUUCAAAACAGAGAGAUCUGUGUAAAGAAUUAGCGCUCUCAAACGUCCAAGUAACCCCUGACUCUAAACUGUCAUCCAGGCAGGAGCAAUCUCAGCAGCUGACACAUUCUCCCGCUCUCGCCCAGCCCAAAAGCUCUGUAGCAACUUCAGCUCCCAUCACAAAAGAAAACUCUGACUCAAAGCCAAAAUCUCUCCCUCCGAAAACCGUCCCUUCAUCACCGACCUCUAAAACAUCCGUAGCUCCAGCGCCAGUCAUUAAACAAAGUCUUGAUGCCAAACAUAAAGACUCCUCGCCCAAAAACCAAGCCCAAGUUGUUAAAAGUCAUCAUGGCUCUAAACCAAAAGACGCUGCUGCACCUCAUCCGCUGUCCGAAGCUCCCUCCCAUCCCGAUCCGCCACCUGUGCUGCCCAAACCUGCCAUAAAAAAAGACACUCUGAGUGGUGGAGCUGUCUCAGGCAGGACCCCCAGCUGUGCACCCCAGGAAAGCGCCAUCAAGGUAUCCAAGGAAAGCCCCAAAUCUGAGGCACUCAAAGUGGACGCACACAAGGGCCCUGAUACCCGGACCACCACCCCUGACAAACAGCUGCCCUCCAGCAAGAAGGAGCAGGUGGACCGGAAGAAAAAAGACACUGUUCAAGAGGUCCCCUCUGCACAGAAAAACACUAAAAAAGAUGCGUCCAGAGCCACCAUGGCCUCUGACAGAGACUCUGGCAGGAAGCAGCAGAAGGAAUCGCCACGGAGUUCCAACAAAAAGUGAAACUAAAGGCUGUCAUUAUCGCUUCAGAGGUGUUAGAAAACGGUUUGUGCAGACAUCAUCAUGCCUUUCUUUUUUCUUAGUUUGAGGACCGGGCAAGCUGUUAUAUGCUGAUGGACAGGUAGGAGUGUGUGUGUUUGUGUGUGUGUUUGUGGGAGUGUGUGAGAUAAGAUGACAUAAAUGUUUGUAGGUCUGAAUGUAGGCGAUUGUUUGCAGAUCAUUUCUGGUGUUUUUUUACUUUGAUGUCGAGGUGAAUGUUUUUUGUUUCUGCUUUGUGCAAUCAGUACGUCAGGGGCUAACAGGGAGGAGCCUUACAGAGGUUUUUGCGAUGUACUGUAGAGUCAGUGCCAUAAAUGAUUUUUUGAAUUGCACUCUUAACUUCGAGACUUGGAGGACCUGAAGUCUUUUAAUGCAGUAGACCACACAGUUCUGCUCCAGCAGUCGUAUCACGAUUGUUUAAUCCAAUUCUUUUUAUGUUGUUUUUUGGGUUUUUUUUUUUUUUGUGCAGUGGUACACAGAGGGAAUGCACUAUGUCCUGUGAUUUUCACCUAAAACUUAAAAAAACAAAUAAAUUCGGAAUCAUCUCACGGUUCUAGAAAUUAAAAAUUAGUGAAGGGGCCUUAGAAUUAUGGGAAAUAAAACCUUGCUGUUCUUAGCAAGCUGUGGUGUUUAUUCACAUUCCUCUGACAUGUGUACAUAUAUUUUUGAUUUUUAUGCAAUAUGGUGUAAAUAUUAUUGACACUGUAAAACUGGGAUUCAUGGGCUUACAUGAUUGUCGUUUGUAUUAUAUGUAUAGAUUUCGUUUGUAUGCUCAAUAUUAAGAGUAUCUGCUUGAUGACUCUGUGGUCUUAAGUAAGCUACUGUGAUGUAUCUCAUCCAAGGCAUCAUCUUCUUUGUGACUUUAACAUGUUUUCACAUGUUCCAAAUUAAACUUGACGAGAGAGGGAGAGGAGGGCAUGAAGGGGGGAACGCGGCUGUUUCUAAAAAAUGUAGCAUUAAAUAGCAAAACUGUGAGGGUUGUCAGCAUUUCCUACGAAUGUCUUUAUUGUUGAUGAUGUGUUUGCUGGCUGACUGUGGUUUAAAGAGAGAUGACUGUGUAAAAUAUGAAAUGUUGCGUUUGAUUAAUGAGAUGACGCUGAUAUUCUGUUUGCCAGUAAUUACUGUAGGAGCUUUCACAAGACUUGAGGCAUCAGCUCUUGUUAUGUCCAGAUCUGUGCAGAGGGAUUUUAUAGGGAAACUUUGAUUUUUUUUUUAACCUUGACCCAAUUCUCCCUUGUUUACGCGUCUAAGUCACUAAAAGUACUCGGGCAUGUUUGUACCAUCAAUUUAUGUCCAUUAAAAAUGAUAUUCUUUGUCACUGACAGGCUCAUUGUUUGUUAUUAGCAGUGUCUGAAAACAUGAAGAAGACACCGAAGAAGAAAGCCACAGAUAUUUGAAAUGUUUUACCUUUUGCUGAUCUGUUUGUUAGCGUGACCAAGUCUCACCCAAGGAGAAGUCUUGUUCUGAGCAGUGACUUGUUGCAAGAAAAACAUCAGCGGAAGCGAUGUAAAUCACAAGUUUCAUUAUUAUUUGGACAGCAAUAUGAUAUUUGCUGAUAUCACAAUGUCUGCCAUGACAUGAUGUUGAUUUUAUUCAACUCAAUGGUCUGUGAUCAAUAUGAGAUGAUAUCAGUGAAUACCACAAUCUGCCUGGUGAUAAGCUAUUAUGCCCAAACGCCAUGGAAAUUUAAAAAUCAAAGCGUCUUGAAAAAGACGAUAUGUAUCAAAGUUUUGACUUUGCAUUGAUAAUAUUGGAUAGUUGGUGAUUGGAUUAUUGUAUCAGUCCAGAUGUAUCAUUACUCACCUAGCAGAAACGUUAGUGACACUAUGAGAGAGGAAUGCUAGGAGGUGAUUGUUGUAGUUAUUUAAAAGAUUUUCAUGGCUGAAUAUUUAGCUGUUUUUGACAAUGUGGAAAAAUCUGCUUUGGAAAGACUUGAUUACACUAACAAACAGACCAGAUUAGCAAAAUGUAAAGAAAAUCUUUUCCUAAAUGCUGUCAGACACUUCUAAUAACAAUCUGAGCCUGUCGAUGGCAAAAAAAAUGCACUUUUAGUGGUUGUAAAUCAACAGUUCACAGUUGCCAUUAGGAAAUCCAUUGCAGGGUUUUUUACUAUUGCAGCCGAGGCCCUCGCACUCAAUAAUGUACUCAUUUUAAAAAAAUUUCCCAUUGGUCACUUAAACAAAAAAAAGUGGAAAAAUAGGGGCCACGUAAAAAAAAAAAUCAGAGUUUCCCCUCAAGAUCGCAUGAGUGAGAUAAGAUUACAGUACACAGAGAACUUCGCCGUCAGGGUUUUUAACGGAUUUCUAUGUCAGGUUUCGGUCUCGGUGUUGUUUAAGUCGUGUGUGAGUGUUUCGAUGUUUCAAAGGACUCUUCAUAAUGAGCAGCAGAAGGCUUAAAGCUUCACUGGGUAAGCAUUUUUAUAUAAGAAACCCUGAUUAUUUGCGUAAUUCAUGUCGACAACAUACAUUGAUGUUUUAAUACUUGGUACUAAAAAUAUAAGCUGUCAUAUAUCCGCAUUCACUUUCUCUAAUUUACUCGCUCACACUCACAAACAGGUGUUUCUAUACUGUAGAUGCCUUGAAAUGAUUGCAAACCCUAAACAAGAACCAGAGAGUAGCCUCAGACACUAAGUAUGUAAUGCAGUAUUUGCUCUGUUGUGCUGGCUGUGUAAAAACAAUAAUCUUGUCUACAUAUACUCUUAUUUUGAAAAGUCAAACACGAUGGAGAAUACAGUUUAUCUGAACGGCAAACUGUAUCUGAGAAUGACACUGAAACACAUGAGAUUGAUUGCAGAGAUUUUUAAUGUUAAAGAAUCUGUUUACUUGCAUUAGAUAUUAAUGUAUUGCUAAUGUAGUGUGAGAGGAAAAAAACGCACCUUAAUAUUUGCCAAUAUUCACUUCAAAGGCAGAGAAAAGUGAAAUUGGAGUUGAAAUUGUUUAUGAAUUCCCUUCUGAUUUAAAUGAAUCACUGAAUUUUAUUUGAACAAACAUUUUUCCCUCCCAUACUUUUUCUUUCCUGCAACGACUGACAUUUAAACCCUCAAAGCACAUUCAAUGUUUGUUUACAAAGCAUCAUGGAUGUAUAUUUUGUAUAUUGUUGAUUUGCCAAAUCUAUGUUCCGUGUCCGAGAUAAUGUUGUUUCUAGUAAUGUGAGACUUUGCUCCCCUUUGCCACCAGGAUGUUUAAUAAGAACAUUUGUUUGUGCUGUAAUCAAUGUCUUUUCCCACGUCAGGUUCUUCUUCUUUCUCUGCUUGUCUUUUCAGUUCCCCGUUUUUUGUUUUUUUUUCUUCCUCUGUGCAAAACUAGUAUUAGAUGAACUUGCUUCUGAUGGUUUGUCUUUUAGAAUAUGUGCAAUAAAAGUGUUUUGAGUUUUGUAUUUUGCCCAAGGAAAGCUCUAUGGAUGUCAUAAAUGUUGUAUAUUAAAACAGAUAUUUAUACUUCUAAUGUUGCGUAAUACUGAAAAUAAAAUGGAAUUAUAAA